CCUAGCUUCGGCUUGCCGCUAGCUAUUUGUGCCAUAGGCACUAUGCUAUGUAUUAUACUAUUGUAUUAGGUAUAGGUCAUGUUUUAUCGAACUAAGGAUAUUAAGAAUUUUCUAGGGAUUCUCACACAAACCGUGAACAGUCCGGGCAACAUCUCAAACCCCAAAACAGCCUACAGAUGAAGAUAUCCCUAAUUAUUCCAAGUAUAAAAAGUUUUAAUCCCGUCAACUAUGUGUAAUACGUCUCUACACGCGUUUCUUGCGGCUCUACCCAAAGCCGAACACCAUAUGCACCUCGAGGGUUCUCUCGAGCCGGAACUCCUGUUUGAAUUAGCAGCAAAGAAUAACAUAACUCUUCCCUCCUCCGAUCCGGCCUUCGCCUCCGCAGAAUGCCUCCGCAAGCGCUACGAGAAUUUCCAGAACCUGGAUGAUUUUCUUAGCUACUACUAUAUCGGCAUGUCAGUCCUAAUAGAUGAGGCUGACUUUGAGGCUCUGGCGUACGCCUACUUUGCCAAAGCCGCAUCCCAAAAUGUCCGUCACGCGGAAGUUUUCUUCGACCCGCAAGCUCAUGCAAGUCGUGGCGUAGAACUCUCGACAAUCGUGGAGAGUUUCAGUCGAGCUCAAGAGAGAGCAGCGGUUGACUUCGGCAUGACCACACAGCUGAUUAUGUGUCUGCUGCGGCAUCUACCCCUUUGCGAGGCUAUGGAGAUGUUUUCGCAAGCGAGAGACCGAGGUUACUAUGCUAACGGUACUCUCGCUGCUGUCGGUAUGGACUCUUCUGAGGCACCGUUUCCACCACCCCUAUGGAAGGAUCUUUACGACGUCGCGAAAGAAUCAGAAAUUCGAAGGACAAUCCAUGCCGGGGAGGAGGGCCCGCCACUCUACGUCGUUCAAGCCCUCGACCUACUAAACGUAGAACGUAUAGACCACGGCGUCCGUGCCUUAACGGAAGGUGACGAUGCAUUGGUCGCACGUCUUGCCUCCUCUAAGACCCUGCUGACCCUGUGUCCUCUGUCGAAUGUUAGGUUAAACUGCAUCGAUUCGAUAGAUUCGUUUCCCCUGAGAAGGCUGAUAAAUGCCGGUAUUAGGUUUAGUAUUAACAGUGACGAUCCGGCUUAUUUUGGGGGAUACAUACUCGAGAAUUACUGCGCCCUACAGGACGCAUUCGACUUGAGCAUCAGGGAAUGGGAGGCGAUUGCGAAGGGCGCCGUGUUAGGCAGCUGGUGUACUGAGGAGAGAAAGGAGCAGCUAUUGAUCGAGAUAAAGGACGUAGCCGACAAAUGGAGUAGAGAAUCUGAGGAAGAGUAGUUAACGUUCGAGGCAUUACAUAUCAUACUUGGAAUAUAUUUGGUAGCUACUUAGUCAAAUGGAUGGUAGAGAGCCUCUUACUUAUGCAUGUGUUAGUUGCCCUAUUUGUUGUCCUAGUAGUUCACCUGUAUAAGCUCUGCCGUUGCCUUCCAUCAAGUAACCUAAGGCAACGCACUACUUAACAAUUUAGUCCCUAUAAUUGGUUACUAUGCUCUUGAUAUCGUGAACUCUUGAAUACUUUCGAUCUUCUCUUCAAUCGUAAGUUUAGUAGGCAGAAUUCUAUUCUAUACUAGCAUCUUCCAGCGUGAAUUUAACGAAAAAGGGCUAAUCCAUGAUCUUGCGCAGAAGAUAUAGUUAGCUUAGUACAGAACCAAACCAUCCUAAAGACAGUCUAGUGAUUGUGGCCUUUAUUGCCAUAACGACAAAAAAAGAAAAGGAAGAAAAGAUCUAUCCGAUUCACGUCAAAUUUAGCAAGUUCUCGCAAGACCCAAAAGCUAGGUAGGUAUAUCGACCCUUGCUUAUUCCGUAAACACAUACUGGAGACUCCAUCUUGUCCUUACAUCGCAAAUAUCGCAAAUAUCGCAAAUAUCACCUACA